CCCCGCACACGCCGGGGCUUCUCAGUGGCCGCCGAGGAGGAAGUUCCGCUCCCUGACAGACCCGAGCGGUAGCGACAGCGGCCGCGGCUGGGAGGGCGCAGGUAUUUUGGACGCGGAUGCCCUUCGCACCAGCCGUCGAGGGAGCAGCGUCGGAGCUGUCGCCGGCCCCCGGGGACGGCGUCGGGAGGCGCGGGCGUCCGAGCCCUCCUUCCUGCUUUUCGCCCAGCGCCGCUGCUUCGGCUUCCCGGCGAGGCGGGUGACCGUUCUCCCGCUUGACUGACUUCCGAGGAGCCCCUUGUUUUUCCACCACUGAGGUUCAGAUAUUCUGCAAUCGAAGCAUCGGAGGAGCUCAAGUGAACCUUCUACAGCUCCUUGGAUCACGUCAGGCUCCCUUUUGGUGCGGGAAACCACGUUGGAGCAUCUCCCGGAGGUUCAGGAAUGGAAGAACCCACCUUGCAUCCUCUGUGCGGUGUUGCUUGUCUGAUCUACCCUUAGGAAUGAAGAGGAGACUUGUAAUCACCCGGUGAGGUACUGAGAGCCAGAUGGCAAAGAAAGUAUCACAGGACUUAAACUAGUGAUCGUUUGGGGGCCACACUCGUUUCUGCAUGUAAUUGGAUGAGCGUGAAAGAGGUGCCCUAUUGAAACGCACAGCAGUCCUUUAAGAGGAGGAAAAUUGAGUUUCCCCAUUUUUGCCAGGAUUCUGAAAACUGUUCAAUGUAUCGUACAUUUGAUGUAAGAUGAGAACUUUAUAAAAUAUUCUGCCCAAGAGCAUAAACGAUGACUACCCCAGCGCUGCUACCCCUCUCUGGACGAAGGAUACCACCUCUUAACCUGGGGCCGCCUUCCUUCCCGCAUCACAGAGCUACCUUGAGACUUUCUGAGAAGUUUAUCCUCCUCCUUAUUCUAAGUGCCUUCAUCACCCUGUGUUUUGGGGCAUUCUUCUUCCUUCCAGACUCUUCAAAACACAAACGUUUUGAUCUGGGUUUGGAAGAUGUGUUAAUUCCACAUGUAGAUGCCGGCAAAGGGGCUAAAAACCCUGGAGUCUUCCUGAUCCAUGGACCAGAUGAACAUAGACACAGAGAAGAAGAAGAACGUUUGAGAAAUAAAAUUCGAGCUGAUCAUGAGAAGGCCCUGGAAGAAGCAAAAGAAAAAUUAAAAAAGUCAAGAGAGGAAAUCCGAGCAGAAAUACAGACAGAGAAAAAUAAGAUAGUCCAAGAAAUGAAGACAAAAGAGAAAAAGCCACUGCCAGCAGUUCCUAUACCAAACCUUAUAGGAACACAUGGUGGAGACCCAGAAGAUAAUGACCUAAGAGAGAAAAGGGACAAAAUUAAAGAGAUGAUGAAACAUGCUUGGGAUAAUUACAGGAUAUAUGGAUGGGGACAUAAUGAACUGAGACCUAUUGCAAGAAAAGGACACUCCACUAAUAUAUUUGGAAGUUCACAAAUGGGUGCUACUAUAGUAGAUGCUUUGGAUACCCUUUAUAUUAUGGGACUUCAUGAUGAAUUCCGAGAUGGGCAAAAAUGGAUCGAAAACAACCUUGAUUUCAGCGUGAAUUCAGAGGUGUCUGUGUUUGAAGUCAACAUUCGAUUUAUUGGAGGCCUACUUGCAGCAUAUUACCUUUCAGGAGAGGAGAUAUUCAAGAUUAAAGCAGUCCAAUUGGCUGAGAAACUCCUUCCUGCCUUUAACACACCUACGGGGAUUCCUUGGGCAAUGGUGAAUCUGAAAAGUGGAGUAGGGCGAAACUGGGGCUGGGCAUCUGCGGGUAGCAGCAUUCUUGCUGAAUUUGGUACACUACAUAUGGAGUUUGUCCACCUCAGCUACUUGACAGGAAACCCGAUUUACUACAAAAAGGUCAUGCACAUUCGGAAACUACUUCAGAAAAUGGAUCGUCCAAAUGGUCUUUAUCCAAAUUAUUUGAAUCCACGAACAGGUCGCUGGGGUCAGUAUCAUACAUCAGUUGGCGGGCUAGGAGACAGUUUUUAUGAGUACUUACUAAAAGCGUGGUUGAUGUCAGAUAAAACAGAUCAUGAGGCCAGAAAAAUGUAUGAUGAUGCUAUUGAGGCUAUAGAAAAACAUCUUAUUAGGAAGUCUCGGGGAGGUCUUACCUUUAUUGGAGAAUGGAAGAACGGGCACUUGGAAAAGAAGAUGGGGCAUUUGGCCUGCUUUGCUGGGGGAAUGUUUGUACUAGGAGCAGAUGGUUCUAGAAUGGAUCAAGCUGGACAUUAUUUAGAGCUAGGAGCGGAAAUUGCACGUACAUGUCAUGAGUCAUAUGACAGAACUGCAUUAAAACUAGGUCCUGAAUCAUUCAAGUUUGAUGGUGCAGUAGAGGCUGUGGCAGUUCGGCAGGCUGAAAAGUAUUACAUCCUACGUCCAGAAGUAAUUGAAACCUAUUGGUACCUGUGGCGAUUCACUCAUGAUCCAAGAUAUAGGGAGUGGGGCUGGGAAGCAGCACUGGCUAUUGAAAAGUAUUGCCGAGUCAAUGGUGGAUUUUCUGGCGUGAAGGAUGUAUAUUCCUCUACUCCUACACAUGAUGAUGUACAGCAGAGCUUCUUUCUUGCUGAAACAUUAAAAUACUUGUAUCUUCUGUUCUCCAGUGAUGACCUUUUACCUUUAGACCACUGGGUAUUUAAUACAGAGGCUCACCCUCUGCCUGUGUUACAUUUAGCCAACACCACACUUUCAAGAAAUCCUGCUGUUCGAUGAAAGCAGCUCCAGAAAGACCAUUCUCACCUGUGUUUUGUUUACAUGGACCACUACAGAAAUUAGUCUGGAGAGGGGCCUUUUGAAAACCUGGACCUCUUAAGUCAACAUGGCAGGGUGAAACGUGACUAUUCCCUGCAAGACUUUUCAACUUGUAGAUGUUUCAACUUUGAAAUGAUUCCAUUUUAUACCUGACCAAAACAUAUUCUGGUGUGUGUAGGACAGAGACCUGAUGUGCUUUGAUUCUUAACAAGAUGGUCACGUGAGAAAUUAUGCCUGUUACUGCUUAUUGCUUUUAGAGUCCUGGAAUCUGAAGGCUAGAUUUCCUGAGAAUAAGCCAAGAAUGUGGAGCACCUUUCAGGAGUUGGAGAUGGCCUUUGGAACCAAUUAUAUAUUUGUUUCCUCCCAAAGUGGAGCAGCUCUCAAGUCAAAAUAUUUACACAUUGUUUAUCCCUUUUUUCUCCAUUUUUAAUAACGGAAUGAAUUAAAAUAAAUAAGAACAAAAGAACAGUGUAACUGCAUCAGCAGCAAGAAGACUCAAAAAGGAAACAGAAUACCUAUCCCUGUCUGAAUUUUCAAGUUUUGUAUUAGAUGACCAGACUGGCAACCAUUUCAAAUCUCUAUCUAUUCCAUUGAAAUUCCUUGGUUAAAUUUGUUUUCUCUGGAGUCAUGAUCUCACAAAGAAUACUCUUCAAGUCUUUGUCUCCAUAUGGAAUCAUUGAAACUGCUAUUUAUCAUAACCACUACUUACGAGCCUGGGUUUGGGAUUUUGUGCAUGUUGUUCAGUCUAGUGUUGGUAGCAUGACAAAAAGUGGGGAAAAUGCCGCAGUUUGUUGCCUUGAAACCUGUUCUAAGAGAAAGCCUUGGUUUUGUUGGUAGGAGAUUAUUUUUCCAAAGCAGCAAAUCUACCAAGUAAAUUUUAUCUACUUUAACCUCAUUAUAAACUUAGUAGAAUCCCUCAAUUUACAACUCUCUUUAUGUGGCUUGGCAAAAUUCACUAUACUGUCAUGCAGCUCUGAAUUUACCUUGAUGAGGCAAAUUACUUUUACAAUUUACUAAAUCAAAAACAAAAUAUAGUGAAACUUCCUUAAUUAUUUUUGGGACAGGGGAUCCUUUAUUAUCCCAUUAGAUGAGGGAGCUUUUCACAAAUAUUUUAUGUAAAAAAUAAAUUCAACUUUUUUUUCUCCAAGGUAUUUACAGAAAUUCAAAGAAUUAAUCAGAAUAGCUUCAAAAUAAUUUUUAGUGAUUAAAUGUGGUAUAAUUAAUUAUAUUACGCUAAACAUGGGAUAUAUCUAAGGGGCUUUCUCUUACCAUCAAUAGAUUUUACAAUAUUUCUUUUUAAAGAAAUUAUGAUUUCUCUAUAUUGGGAGGGGAAUAAUUUAAAUUUUAUCAAGAACUGUAAGAUAAAUAUCUAAGACUUAAUAAAUUUUCUGUCCCUUGAAUUUA